AUGGCAUCUGCGGAAAGUCUUUAUUCGACUUUACAGAAAAGUGGGCAUAGAACAAAACUUCCAGUACCAAUGUUUGAUCGAUCACAAAUAAGUAUUUGGAGUAUACUUAAACAAUGUAUUGGAAAAGAAUUAUCGAAAAUAACAAUGCCAAUUGUUUGGAAUGAACCUGUUUCAUUUUUAGAACGUUUUGCAGAAAAUGUUCUUUAUUCUUAUUUACUUGAUAAAGCUGAUGAAUGCACUGAUCCAAUUAUGAGAAUGCAGUAUGUUGCUGCAUUUGCUGCAUCAUCCAUUGCAAGUAAUAUUGAUCGUUUAUCAAAACCAUUCAAUCCAUUACUUGGUGAAACAUAUGAAUAUGAUGGUGAUGAUUUACCACAUCGUUUUGUAUGUGAACAAGUAAGUCAUCAUCCGCCAGUAAGUGCAUUCGUAUGUGAAUCAAAAGAUAAUGGUGCUCGAUGGAAAUUUUAUGGAAGUAUAUUACCAAAAGCUAAAUUUUCUGUUAAAAAUAUGGAAGUUAAUCCAAAAGGAUUAUUAACACUUGAACUUAAACGACAUAAAGAAGUUUAUACUUGGGAAAGUGUAACAUGUACAGUUCAUAAUAUUGUUGUUGGUCGACUUUGGUUUGAAUAUCAUGGUACUACAGAAAUUGUUAAUCAUACAAAUAAAAUCAAAGCAAUAUUAAAUUUUAAACCAUAUUCAUGGUCAUCAAAAGAAUUACAUAAAAUUGAAGGUUAUAUUGUUGAUUCUCAUAAAAAAAAAGUACGUGGUUUAUAUGGAUAUUGGUCAGAAGCAUUAUAUUCAAUUGAUAUCGAUCAUUUUGAGUCAUUUCUGAAACAACAAAAAAAAGAUGCAAAACAAGCAUCAAAAAAUCCUCCACAACGUACUACAAAUUCAGCAUCAUCAAGUGAUAAUGGUGAUCCAGAUGAAGAAGUACCUGAUGUUGAUUUAUCACAUGAACAACUUAAUCUUCCUCCUAAUUCUAUUACACUUUGGCGAAUUAUACCUAAAUUAGAUUAUGCAAAUCAAUAUUACAAUUUUUCAGUAUAUACUAUGGCACUUAAUGAAUGGACUGAAGAGGAUCAAAAAACACGGCCACCAUUACCACCAACAGAUUCACGAUUUCGUCCUGAUAUUCGUCAAAUGGAAGACGGUAAUAUUGAUAAAGCUGGAGAUGAAAAAAAUCGUCUUGAAGAAAAACAACGUCUAGCAAGAAGUACAAUGGAAAAACGUCGAGAAGAAUGGCAACCAAGAUGGUUUCGUCUUGCUAAACAUGAAAUAACCGGACAAGAAGUAUGGGUAUCAAAUGAAAAAUAUUGGCAACGAAAUUGGUCAAACUGUCCAGACAUUUAUUAA